AUGGCCGGGAACAGGACUCGCAUCUCCGCAAGACUCCAACCCGUCGCCGCCGCACUCGCCUCCGCACCCGGAUCAGCAUCCAUCUCGACCGUCCUGGCUUCAAUCUCUAACUCAAGUACUCCUACCAUCCUUCCCUCCACACCCUCAACAAUCACCUCCACAACACCAGCAGCAAUCACAACCAGCCAACCGCAAUCAUCUCACACCCCUCGGAAUCCUCAUCGCUCUGCUAAUGCCGAUCGUACGCACCAGGAGGAGCCGGAACAGGUAGUGGAAGCAACAGCAUCAGCAACACCUGUCUCACCACCACCACCAGCAGUGACAUUUGCGGACGCAACACCUAUCUCGAUUCAAGAAGGCGUCAAUGCCAGCGACAAGGACCUGAUCAGCCUUGAAGUGGCGCCCUCCCCAACCUCCAUGUCAACUACUGUCACGCCUACAGCAAUUGAACCCACAAUCAGUAGCGACAAGGGCAAUGGCAACACCAACAUCAACCAUGGAGCUGACGCAGUCUCAAUUGCUACCGUGUCAGCAUCGUCUCCGCCUUCAACAACAGCAGCAGCAGCAACAAUUCAUCCUGGAUGCCCCUCGGCACAAACAAACCCGCCAAUCGCUUCUUCAACAGCAACAACGAGUGUGGGAAUGGAUUCUUUGCCGUUGGAAGGGACAAGCGACGACGUCUGGAUAGGACGGGCACCAAAUGCAGACGAUAAUAAAUUGGCAGAGGUUCAGUCAACAUCAACAUCAACAUCAACAUCAACUACUGCUAUCGCAUCACUUCAAGACGUAUCUCCGGCUCCCACUUCGGCACCAAUCAUCGAUCUAACAAUGGACAUGGAUGUGGACAGAACUUCGGAGACUAUGGGAUCCAUUGGCAACAGAGAACCACGAGUCACUACCAUCAAUGGCACCGGACCCUCGAACCAUGUCAACAGUCAACCCCAAACUGUGCAAAGAGUCCAGUCUAAGCAAACCUCGAAGUCGACAUUGCCGCUUACGGUACGGUUGCGGCUCCAGGCGGCCGAGGCUCUGGAACGCAGGAAAAUGGCGCAAUCGGCAUCCACAGUUACUCGAUCAACACCCCCACCGCCACAGAGACAAUCAUUAUCGACAAUUGCACACUCUCGAUCAUCACAAUCGCCACAAUCCCCAACACCAACACCAGUAGCAUCAUCCAAGGUCCAGCAGGAAGUCGAGGUCUUGACAGAACGGGAGCAGCAGGAACGGCAACAAUUGCUCUCCAAUCGUGCCACCAACCCUCUGGAUCUGCCCGAGAUCCGAGCCAAUAUUGCCAAGUUCUUGACAAGGAGGGAUCUCAGGAGCUGCCUUUUGGUCUCGGAGGGCUGGUGGCAAUCUUUCCACCCGGCGCUGUGGGUGAACCUUCGACCUGUCUACAGGAACGUCCUCGGAGGCACGAACGACUACCCAUCGGCGAUGGACAUGCAUAAGAACAGCCACUUGAUCAGGACGUUUGAGUAUAAUGGACAUGGCACUGUGCUGACCUCUAUGGUGCCCUCGGUUUAUGAUCAGUACAAGGCUGAGGAGCAGAUGUGGCACAGGUCUUGGGCAAAGGAGGAGGCGGAGGAUAACUGGGCCUAUGUUGAUGAUGAUGCCGCCAUGAAUGGGGAUAUCAGUAUGGAUCUGGAUGAAUCCUUGAGCGACUUUGAGAGGAAGAUCGAGAGCAGAAGGAUCGAACGACUGGCACGGAAGGAACAGAUGCAGGAUGUCAUUGCCGCCAACAAACGCCAAAACGAGCUCAGCCGUUUCCUUAACGACAGCACCGACUACUCAAAGCACUACUGUCACCAACUAGAGCGACUCAUUCUGACGGACAAGCGGUUCUCGAGGGAGUGGGGAUGCCACUACAAGUACUGGCUCCGGUUGAUGCAACUGAACUCGGAAACUUUGCGAGCGCUGGAACUUCACUACGCCAUUCGAUCUUUGGACGCCCUUCGGGAUUUUUACACAGGCGCCUUUGCUCUGGAGAAUGUUCGAGAUCUGGUCCUGGUCGACAACGACAUUGACGCGCAAAAGACCAAGGUAUUUCUGGAGAUGGUGUGCCCGAGGCUGCGGAAGCUAGAGCUCAGGAAGGUCAGGAUCGAGUUUGGACCCUUCCCCAACCAACCAGCAACACCAACCGACGGUGUGAUCCAGGCGAUGCCGCAAAUGAAGUCCCUCACUCUGAUCCAGGUCCACGCUCGCAGUAGCACCUUUGGUCUCGACUUUCUCAAGAUGUGUCCAAGUUUGGUCGAGUUGGAUUUUCGUCCGCAGUGGGGGAUGGCUGUCAAGUCGUUUACGGAAACACUGGCGGAGAAGUUGCCGAGAUUGACUCAUCUGUCAUUCAGGAUGCAGGGACUCUCGGACCUGGAUGUCUCGUCGAUGAUCAAGGGUGUACCGGAACUUCGAAAGCUGGAUAUCUCUGGCUGUGUCUUUGGGAUGAUGGCGGCCAACAACUUGACGACGCGACACCUCCUCUCUGUGACCUAUCUUGACAUCCGGAGCUGCGCACAAGUGACGGGGACGUUGAUCCAGCGGGUCUUGGGCGAGUGUCGGAGCUUGAGGGUCUUUUUCGCAGAUCACAUCAGGGCCAAGGAUGUUGUUAACAACUCUGUUUAUCCUGACUGGGCUUGCAUUGGCCUCAAGGAGCUCACCAUCGACAUUAGGGGCAGUCCGCACGAUCGGGAGACGACAAUGAAGGUCUAUCGACAGCUGGCGGCACUAGAGUGUUUGGAGUACUUGGAUAUCAGCAGGAAUACAUCCAGUGCCAUCCCAGCAACUGACGCUGAUGGCAAAGCCAACUGCCUGACAUUGGGAUUGGACAAGGGUCUGAGGCUGCUGAAGACUUUGAAACACCUCCACACCCUUGUCUACCGCGCGAUCUCCAAUAAUGACGUUGGCUUGGUUGAGUUGCAGUGGAUGGCGUUGGCGUGGCCAAAGCUGGGACAUCUGGGAGGCAAGUUGGUGGAGAGGAAGGUCUCACGGUUCAACCCAUGCGCGUACCCAAACACGGUCUCGGCCGCUCCUGGAGGUGCGUCCAGUUCUGGUUCUAGUCCGAGCAUUACUUCUGGUUCAGGGUCAAGUACAGGAACAAGUACAGGAACAGGAUCAAGGACCAUCACCACCGGCAACCAGGUGGAGAAAAGAGUUGUCUCAGAACCACCGGCGGACCUCAUGGCAACAACACUGAGGCGACUGAAUCUCCAUCGACGGAUCCAAGUGAUACCUCACCCAGAGGACAAGAUUUCGACAGCGGCGCGCAAGAAGCGGAAGCUGAUGCUGGUGGGUGACUCUUCGGAUGAGGAGCGGGAUCGAGAACGAGAUCGACCAAGGAUUGGGCAACUCGAUCCUCGGUACCGUCUCGACUUUCGCGAUUGA